UAACAGUGGGCUUCUGGGGGAGGUAUCAGAGAGUGCAAGACCAAAAGAGAGGGAGGGAGGGAAAGAGAGAGAGAGGUGUAGAUGAAUCUUUCUGUAACUUGUGUGCAACUGAUGAUUUUCCUUCUGCUCUCUUCACACUCACACACUUCUCUUUGGAGAGCCACUGGGAUGUGACAGUAAAUCAGAGAGAAGAUGAUUCAAAGACUCACCGGGAAGGACUCAGUGAAACAGAAUGCGAGCUGGAUGCCACAUAAAUGAGUGAAACUGGGGAACUAUGAGCCAUAAAGCGUGACUGCUUCAGUUUGGCCUCUGCAGAGCUAGACUCAAACAGGGAAGGCUGGUGGAGACGCACACAGCACAAUCUUCAGGAGAGCUUUGAGAAAGCUUUUGCACUUCUGAUGGAUAUCCACGCUGCUUCUCUACAUCUGGAGCUCUGAGUCUUGGCCGAUCUCUGACCUGCGGCUUGACCUUUGACCUCUGGGUGACCUCUCAAGGAAUCACAGCAAUAAAACGUGACUCGGAACUCCAGAUCUACAGGAUGUUCUGGAAGCUGGCAAUACCUGCCAUUUUGGCAUGGACCCUUUUUGUUUCGACAGAGACCAAGAAGCCACGGCCCCAGGGUUCCAUCCCCUCCCCUUACAAGCUAAAAGGCAAUGAUUUGUCAUCACCAUCCCACACACUAGCAUCACUGCCCCAGCACACAUCAGCACGACGACAGAAAGGCAAACAUGACAUGCUGUCGUCGAGUCGCGAGGCCCUGGUGGUCACCGAGAGGAAGUACCUGAAGAGCGACUGGUGCAAAACACAGCCGUUACGUCAAACAGUGAGCCUGGAGGGGUGCCUGAGCCGAACCGUCAUCAACAGGUUCUGCUACGGCCAGUGUAACUCCUUCUACAUCCCCCGCCACCUGACAUCUCAAACCUCGCAUCGAAGUCGAAAAACAGCAUCCAUGCCAGACCACAACACUUCAUUCCAGUCCUGUGCUUUCUGUCGGCCCAGCCGAAUAACCACGGUCACCGUACGGCUUCACUGUCCUGGGCUCCAGCCACCGUACCGGCAACGGAAAGUGCAGCGAAUCAAGCAGUGCAAAUGUGUGUCUGUUAACGUCAAUGCUGCAUACUGAGAAGGCACCCAAAUGAAAAAAUGCAUCAAAAUCCUUUUGGAAAAACUGGGGCCGCCCAACAAUCAAUGUGUGAAACCUGCCAAAGACAACAGCUAAUCAGAAGACUGGCCACCUUCAUUAUGUCUGGACUGUGCCACAGAAUGAAUUCUUAAUAGCUGCCGAGCAGCGAUGGAACACAAAGCUGGAUUUUUCUUCUUUUUUGACAAAUAUAAUGAAGCUGAGAGUACAAUUGCAUACAAGACUGAAACAGUAAAUAACACUCAUGUGUUUUAAAUGAACAGUGUUUGACCUUUGACCUCUUGAAAGCUUUUCUUUAGCAAAACAUGGAGUGUCUGUAUUCCAGCGAUCUCCUGCUUUACCUCAGCAAUGCUGAUUCUCUAUAGAGUGCAACAGUCAGGGUUCCGGAAGUAAAAAUCCCAUGUUUUUUCUCCAUUUGGGAACUGAUUUAACUCAUUUUAAUUCAUAACUUACAAACAAGAGAAAGACCUGAUGUUGUUAAUAGAUGGUAUCUGCCUCAGUUGAAGCCAUAACCCUGUAUUAGCUCAACUCAUUUUUGUAAAUAAUUAUGUUAAAUGUUUGAAUUCCUGAUGAAAAACUACAUUACCCAUCAUUCUGCAAAAACCAUUCAGAAAAGAGCUGGCCACUGCAAAUUGUGUAUUUUUAUUGUAAAUUGUAUAUUUUACAAAACAACUGAAUAUAUAAUUUCUAUAUAUAAUCAACAUCUUUAAAUCAAUAGUUUUAUAUUUAUACAUAGUUUUAAUUUUGAUUAUGUCAUUGGGAUUGUAGUUCUUUUUCUCAUUAAAAUUAAGUGCACAGCCUUGUAGUUUUGCCUUUUUCAAAUGUUUUUUUUUUUUUUUUCAUUUUGUAAUGUUGUGAUUCACCUCUUAGCUGUUGGUUUAACUCUUUAACAAAAAUGUUUUAAAAAUCCCUCAAUGAAAAAUGAAUGGGAGAAAUACUUUCGGAAUCAAGGCUCCUGAAAUAUUGGGAGGGCACUGUUGCACUCUAUUACUCUUGAUACUUGAGAACAGUGGAAGCGGUCUGACCACCAUCUAUCUUCACCAUCUUGUCUUACCUACCCAGCCGUUGUAUAUAUCAGCGCUAAUGAAGGACAGGAGAAGACAUGAAAGGAUGCUGGGUGACUG